UGGACCCCCAACAUACUAUGAUACAGUUGAACCAGCUCGCUAGCUUAUCCAGCUGUCAGACCCCCUGUCCUGGUAACUCCUCCUGUCCUAAACUUGGGUGUGACAAGCACUACUCCUCACCAACACAAUGCCUGUACGGAGAGCGUGUCGGGAAAGUCAAGGACAGUUCAGGGUCCAAGAAGAAGCAAUACGAAUGUAACCUGUGCUCCAAGAGCUUUGCUCAGAGCAUAUCACUAAAGAGACACAUCAGGACACAUACCGGUGAGAAACCGUUCCAAUGUAAAGACUGCAGCAGGAGGUUCACUAACUCCUCACACCUUACCACCCACAUGCGCACCCACACAGGAGAAAGACCGUUCCAAUGCGACAUGUGCGGCAAGAAGUUCUCCCAGCACAGCGGACUCCACGUGCACAUUCGCACCCACACCGGAGAUAAACCUUACAAGUGUGAAAUAUGCGGCAAGGGCUUUCUAGAUAGAUCAGCUUUGAAGCGUCACGGAGCGACCCACCAGCCUGACCGGGAAUUAAAGCGUGGUAAAUCAGCUCAAGCUCGGAAAGCUGCGAAGCUGGUGCCCGAUGCAAACAUGUUGCCUACAGUUCCUGACCUACCUGUCAGUCGGCCUGAGGGUAACCCUAACAAUGAGGCAGAUGAUCUGGCGAAUCUGCUCUGUGCCAAGACACUUCAGGUCCAGGAUUAUUUUACUGCGAUCGGAGCGUCUAAUAUGAAUAUCCAGAGCGAUCUGCUGCAACUCCUCGUCCAGCGCUCCCUCCUCACUACCGUACAGGCUACUCCUCAGAUAAAACAAGAACCUCUACUCAGCCCCUUGACUACCUCCGCCUCCUUCUCACCUAUAUCAUCCCCCGUUCUGAUGACGUCAUACUCGAGCGUCACCCCACCAGCUAGCAUGACGUCACCGGUACCCGUGAUAAUAUCCCGGGCCCUGGAGGCGGGGAUACCUUCCCCUCCAUCAACACCAGUACCCUCCUUCCUGGUGAGCAGUCCUGAACUAUCCACCUACAUCAAGUCCUCUCCCGGUUCGGUGUCACCCUCACGUGACAUUACCACGACAACGCCAUCACGUGAUAACGUUGUCAUGACAACACCACUGAGGAGCACAGCCUUGUCGCCCCCCUUCUCUUUGUCCCCUGAGAGCGGACUAAACUACCAAAACACUGGCAGUCCAAACAUGCCCUUUAUAUGCGCCGUUUCCUCGGUAACGACAAUAACCGAUAAAGCUGAGCUUGAUAUGUUUCAUACGCGGACAAUAUGAUUAAGCUAAGGACUAAAACUAGAAAUAAAUUUAGGUAAAACUAAAAAUUUAAAUUUUAAAAUCGGUUAGUUGCCAUUGAUUGAAUUUUCAAUUUUGAAGUAAAUAGAUUUUAAAACUAAAAUUAAUAUUGUGAACUAUAUGCUUUACUGACUCACUCCCUAUUCUAGAAUUGUAGAAUUAUUCUAAAACGGUCGAAUAAUUGAAGUGACAAGAUGCGCGUUUGCACUUGAAUAUGAUUGUACUUUGUUGUUCGAUAAAGUAGAACUGGUAAAUGUUCGUAUACAAUUUAACUGUAAGCUAUACUUUUAACAAAUGAUAAUAAAUUAAAUUGAUUUGAAUAGCUUCAUUGUUUCAUGAAAGCCAUUCUUUUUCGUUAUUAAAUUAUAAUCAAUUUUGUGACUGUUAAUUAUAUUUGAAAAAUUGUUUAAUUGAUUUUACUGAU